AUGCAUAAAAUGAAAUAUAAUUUAAUUAAAGGUGUAAAAGUUGUUCUAAAAUGUCCAAACAACUUUGCUCUGAUUGGGAAUAAACUUAAACGAUUAUAUAAGCACACUGUUGAAGAGUCUUAGAUCUUGUGA